AUGAGCGGUCGACAAAGAAAGCGCUUCAAGGCAAGCAACAACAGUAAAAACAAAAGCAGCAAUGAAAGCGUAGCCAGCAGACUUCGUUCCUCCGGACAGGGCGAAUCGAGUCAUCAUAUUGUGUGUGCCAUUAGCGAGAACUUGGCCAAGGAAACGUGCGUCGCGUCAUUGGACACUGGUGCACCCGUCCACGUGCGGGCCAUCAAGCAAGGAAACGGUUCCGCCUACGCAGAGACACUAGACCAUCUCAAGAAUCUACAACCCGAUGAAUGUUUGAUCAACGAAGGACGUCGAAACUCGCAGCUGGUUCGAUUGGUGGAAGAAUUCUUUGCGGCUUCCAACCAAAACAAUGAUCAACAACAACAAAAUCCCGACGGAGCGGCCAAGACGGUCGUCGUCAAGUACAUUUCAAGAACCUUCUUUGACCAGACCAAGGGCUCUCAAGCGUUGGAGGGCAUUGCGAGAGAUGACUUUUACGACACGUCAGUCGCCAACGAAUACAUUGUCCUGUCGUCCGUUCAUGCGGUUCUGCAGUACACGCAACAGCAUCUCGGCAUUACAUUCUUAAAGAAGAGUGUUCGACUCGAGGUCAAUUCCGGGGGAGAAAAGAUGAUCAUCGAUCGGUGCAGUCUCAUGCAAUUGGAACUUCUGGCCAAUGCCAAGUCUGGAAAGACCAAAAACUCCAUCUUGGCAUCUAUUGACUGUACCAAGACGUCCGUCGGAGAACGGCUGCUCCGAUCCAGUCUCAUGGCACCUUCCACACGAACCGACACGAUUGCGUCACGGCUCGAUCUGGUCGACGCCUUUUUGGCCGACAAGAACUUCUUUUACACUGUCAUGCAGCACUUGCAGUGGCUGCCGUGUCUCGACAAAAUGGUCACCAACAUUGCACUCGUCCCCAAGCGCAAAAACAAGGACCUCGUCGUCACUGGCGGCAGCGGAAGCACCAUUUCCAAGAACGAAGCCCGCAAGGGGAUAUCAGCGCUCGUCAAUAUCAAAACAACAUUGGCAGCGCUUCCACAAUUCACCAAAGUGCUAGAGGAUCGAUUGAUGGGGCUCAAUGCUCAGGAGGUGGCAGGCACACAGGACGACGCGUCCGCCACGGACCUGGAAACGAUUCUACUAAACGGCUUGGGACAAGGACCAGCUUCCAUUGUCACUGCUACGUGCAAGCAUCAUCUCCUCAAAGCCAUUGUCGCGGCCAUGAAGAAUACAGCUUUGAAAGACAUCUUUGCGACAGUUUCACAAGUCCUUUCGACCAGCACCACGUCGGCACAUCGCAACUCUCAUAUGAUGCGACACGAAGAAUGCUGGGCACUACGAGCAGAACCUGACAGCAUCAUGUCGGUCAUUCGCAGUGCCUUCACGGACAAUGUGAAUGACAUUUAUGCCGCGGCUGAUCGGUAUGCGGAAAAUCAUGGUUUUUCGGUAAAAGUCAAAUUCUCGUCUCACAGAGGCUAUUAUUUGGUUGUUCCUGACGGGAUAAACCUACCUCCAGAAUUCAUUCAACCUGCAAGAUCGGGGAAUUUCAUCAUGUGUACAACGGAAGAGGUUCUCAGUCGGAACAUUCGAGCUCAAGACAAUGUGCAGGACUUGCUGUUGAUGACAGACGAGAAGAUCCAACAAGUCCUCGAUGUCGUGCGCAGUCAGUACGCAGCAAUUGCAAUGCUUUCCGAUGCCAUUGCGUUGCUAGACCUGUGUCACAGCUUUGCUGAUUGCGUCACGCAAAAAGCGACCCAGCCCUGGUGUCGCCCAAUGCUGACCGACAAUGGGAACAACAAGAUUGUGAUCCGAAACGGCAGAUACUUGGGCGAGGCAACGAGUUACCAGAACACUGGCAGAGUUCAGUUCGUCGCGAAUGAUACCUACACGAAUGGCAGGACAAUCUUUACUACAAUCACGGGCAUAAACGGCAGUGGGAAAAGUACCUACUUGAAGCAGAUUGCAACCAUUGUUAUUCUGGCGCACUGUGGGGGCUACGUUCCAGCUGAAUUUGCUUGCAUUCCGAUCCGCGAUUGGCUGUGCACUCGAAUUGGCAAUACUGAUGAUCAAGAGCACAAUAUAUCAACGUUCAUGCUUGAAAUGAAGGAAGUUGCGUCGAUUUGCAGGCAAGCGACCUCUCGGUCCCUGGCUCUGAUUGACGAACUAGGACGAGCAACCAGCAACGAAGAUGGCGUGGCACUUGCAUGGGCUGUGUCGGAGAGUCUGCUGCAAAGGGGAGCGCUUACCUUCUUCGUCACUCACUAUUCUCAACUCACAGCUCUCGGGAAGAUGUAUUCCUCGGUUCAGAAUCAGCACUUGGCGGCAACAGUGACUCGCGGGGAAAGCGGGAGGAUUGCCUACACCUACAAAGUCAGUUCAGGGGCAUGUGCCGUUGCCACCGAAUACGGGGUUGACCUUGCUGGUGUAUGCGGUUGGCCGGCUGAGAUUCUCGAAGCUGCGCGACAAGUUGAAUCUGACCUUUCAGCCUCCAAUGAAGAAACGCAGCCUGCUGCGAAAGAAUCGCAGACAACUUGUCUUGGACAUGCGCAAUCACUCGUGAACCAUGUUUUUGUUGCAACCUCGCCAAGCGCCCCAGACCAGCCACUAGACCUGGAGCUUAUCAAACAGAAACUGAUGGAAGACAACGACAACUACGACGAGGUGUUUCGAGGCUUGUUUGAACCCUUUGCCCCUCCAAACCUGCUGAUGAUGCGUGAUGGUGGCCAGCCCCUCUCGAGGAAUGCUACCCAAAACGACGUUGGUCACUCCCACGCCAACGACGAUGAGUCCCAGCAUCUUCUCACGCAGCCAGAAACAACUCGUGGACAGCCUCAACAGCACUGUCCGUCGGUGACGACAAGGGCGAAUCCGCAAGUCUGCGAAAAUCCAGAGGCUGGAGAUGACAUGAAUGGAAGACGACCAUCAGUGCGUGGUCACGACGAGCACCAUCCUGAGGGCACCAGACCGGUAUCGGCUGCGAGGGACGAGCGACUGCCUGAUAGUCAACAGCUGGGGGCGUCGGCUGCUAUGGCGGAGCAGUCAUCCGAGGAAUCGUCGGAGUCUGAGUCCUCCUCGGACGAUUCCGAUUCGGACGACUCGGACGCCACAGACACCUCUGAUGACUCCGAUUGUAUCAGCAUGCAGUGUGUUGGCGACGGAGGCAGUAGAUACAAGAGAGAUCGUUUGGGAGGUGAGGAACAAAGUCAGUUCACCGCCGGAGACAAGAGCGGGAACGAUUGGCAAACUCUAGCUUCUACGGGUACUGGUAUGGAUUCCUGUAGAGGUAGCUGA